ACCACUACUCCAGUUUUAGCCAAGGUUCAAUCGUUUUUGCCACAAAUGCAGUCUGCCAAUGAACAGUUGACAAAGCAAGAUACAUCGAAACUGGAUAUUGAGAAUGUGGAAGAUGAUCAAGAGCAAUAUAUUGAAAUGAAUCUCGGUCUCGGUGUGUUUGAACAGAAAAAGAACAAGGGUGGUGGAUCAUCGUCCGACAGUGAACAAGAAGACAACGACGACGCUAUGAACGGUAGUGACGAUGACGACGACGAUGAGGAUGAUAUUGUGAUUCCAUCAAAUACAGCUCAACCCAAAGAAAAGCCCAACAUACAAAUGCUGUCCGAAUCACCCAAAGAGAAGUGA